AUGGCUCUCGGACUGAGUUCCGGUCUCUGUUCCGGGAAUUCUGCGGGAUCUGCAGCCCAUUCGGACACCUCUUCGUCUCCGGGCAUCAACGUACCCAUUCCGGUGAUACCCAACCCUAUGUUCGCCUUGCCUACGCUAAACUUCACGGUCACCCAAGUGGCUGCCGUAUGUGAAACCCUAGAGGAAAGCGGCGACAUCGAACGCUUGGCCAGGUUCUUGUGGUCCCUGCCUGUCGCUCAUCCCAAUAUCGUCGAGCUGAACAAGAGCGAAGCUGUGCUGCGGGCCAGAGCGAUAGUCUCCUUCCACAGCGGCAACUUCCGCGAGUUGUACACCAUCUUGGAAGCGCACAAGUUCACCAAGGGCUCGCACGGCAAGCUGCAAGCGAUGUGGCUGGAAGCGCACUAUCAGGAGGCUGAGAAGCUGAGAGGUAGGGCUCUGGGUCCGGUGGAUAAGUACCGCGUGAGGAAGAAGUUUCCGUUGCCGCGUACUAUUUGGGACGGGGAGCAGAAGACGCACUGCUUCAAGGAGAGGACGCGGAGUUUGUUGAGGGAAUGGUACCUGCAGGACCCUUAUCCGAACCCGACUAAGAAGAGGGAGCUGGCUCAAGCGACUGGGCUGACGCCCACGCAGGUGGGGAAUUGGUUCAAGAAUAGGAGGCAGCGGGAUAGAGCUGCCGCCGCUAAAAAUAGAAUGCAACAGCAACAACUGGCUGCCCAACUGGCCCACCACGGCGGCUCAGGUCGUCCACCCCCCAUGAGUCCCACCCCCUCGGACAGCGACUCGGACAUCUCCCUGGGCGCCCACUCUCCCCCCAUCAGCUCCCCCGGUCCCCUCCACUUCGGCCGAUCCUCCCCCAACCCCAUCACCUCCUUCAGAUUCGGGGCGCACUCUCCCGGCCCAAUGCCUGCCCAAUUCAGGUUCGGGGGGGCGCCCCACACGCCCCCCAGUUUUUCCCCCAACUUCCGCCUGGACAGGACCAAGGGUAGGAACUCGGAGUCGCCCAUAAACGUCGAUAACGCCACCCCGUACGCCGCCAUCAACCUCAGGCUGGGCACCAACGAUAGCCCCAUCGAUGUGGAUUCCAACCCCGAGAAAGAGAUCCCUCACAAAACCCGCUCACCACCUUUGACUUCGCUCCAGCACUCGCCUCCCAUGAACCUCAGGAUGGACAACUCGAAGAUCGAAGCCCCCUUGCCUCUGAGGCUGGGCCACCAGUUGAACCCGCAGCUGAGUAGCCCCUUGAGGAUCCAGGUGACUUCUCCCCAGCACCUUACGAGUCUCCACGCGGGGGUCUAUACGCACGGGGGGAUUGUCAGGAUCGCGCCUCCCAGUCCUGGCGGGGGACCAUUGCUGCACAGGCCGUUCUCUCCGCAGAGGCUGACGUGAUACUCGCCCUUGAGCUGGGAGGGAAGUUGUGAAUAGUGCGUGGGGGGAAUUCGUGGGGUUCUGCCAAGCUGGUGAUGAUCUCGGAAAGCAAAACGAGAGAAUUAGUUCUCUAGAUGGCAAGUGACACCUCUAUCGAUAGGAAUCUUUGAGCACAAUACACUGGCAGUGGCCAACUCGAUUUUUUCAUCAACCAAAAUUCAAAAUGAUAUAUUCAUUCAUGUAUAAAUGGUAUGGUUCGAACGAUUUCAAAGUCGACACUGGGUUCGGUGGAACCUCACUUGAUUUUUGACUUGAUUAUAGUGAACUUGAUGCAAUGUUAUGUAUAUUUAUUUGCUUUUACGAAAAAAUAUGUACAAAAAAGUGAGUGCGCAGGCUAUAUUAUAUACGGACUUACUAUAAAUGUUCAGUGGCAAUUGAUUUGUUGAUAAUGUCGAUAUAUAGAGAUAAAUUGGAGAGCUUUUCGCAUGCAGAUAUUCGAUGUUGAUGAAUAUAUUUGCAGUUGGAGGCUCUUUGUGCUAGUCACGCUCAAAAAUGGUCAGAAAUCUAAUUUUCUGAGAACCAAACUUAUUCACCUAUGCACGCUUGAUUUCAUAAAUAUCUCGAGAAUAUUCUUGAUAUGAAAUCUUCAGCAAUAGAUGUUUUCUUAAAAUAGACUGCAAAAUGAACAAAAUUAUACAAUUCCACUCAUUUGAUAUAAUUUCAGUGGGACUUCGGUAUAGGAAGUACCUUUCAUUAUUAUAUUUUAAAAAAUUGUCUAGACAAUUUUCUGUUCAAAUUAU